CAAAAGAAAGGUGUGGUCUCUCCUCAAGUCUUCCUGGUGUCCAGCGUUGACCUCCGCCUGUAUGACUUCCCUCUCUUGUUAAACACCUUUGAGAGUGAACUUCCUGCACACAAGAGAAAUGCUCUGCUGCUGGCCAUGCCCAACAUCAGCCUGGAGGUCAUCAACAAGAAGAAAAAGGCUUUUCAUUCCAAAAUAAAAUACUUAGCAACACUUAGUGCAGCUGUAGCAGCUGUACCAGUACCUGUGCUCUCUACUGUUGUUGACAUAAGACUGUUGGUUGAUGUUGUUACAAGAUGGGUAAUCGGGUUUGGUCUUGAUAUCCCGUCACUGCGGAGACUUGCUUUUUAUGCAGAUGUGCCACUGGAUGAUCUGCGUGACAUUAUCGUUUCAUCACUGGCUGGUGUAGAUAUAACACCAGAGCUUGUCCUGAGGCUGCUUGCUCAAGUUGGAGGUGCAGCUACAUUAUUGGCAGCAGAGGAAGGAACCAGAUUCAUUCCAAUACUUGGAAUCCCAGCAUCAAUGGCCCUCUCUUUCACCUUCACCUACAGAGUUCUCAAAACAUUCCUCAACAUGCUUGCUGAGGAUGCACAGAGGGUGUUAGAAAGGGCCCUGGGUUUGAACACAUCAGUGUGAUGUAAAGUGAAUGACGAUGGCAUUCAA